AUGGCAACACAAGCAAUUGUUAUUACAACAGAAAAAGUAUUACAGGCAUUUAUAGCAUUUAGUACCAAUUUAUCAUGUAUACCAGUAGUUUGGCAUUGUAUAAAAAGAGGGUCAGCAUAUGAAGGUAUUAUUGGUAUUGCUUGUGCAGUUUCAUCAAUGAUGUAUCAUGUUGGUGAAGUUUUCGAAAAUACAUGGUGGUUUAAAUUAUCGGGUAUGACAUCAGGUCAAUGGCAUCGUUUAGAUAAUAUUUUUACAAUUUUAACUUUUCAAGCUUUAACCUUCUUUUUAAUGGAUAUUCAAAAUCAACAAGUUGCCGAUGCUCUUCGUUGGACCUUCUUAGUUUUUACCUUAUAUUGUCAAGAAAGAGCUCCAUGGGAAAUCAUUUUUACUGUUAUUCCAAUCGUUUCAACUUUAGUAUUAUUAAUUAUACGUCACGUAUUAAAACAAAAGGUCCCAGAAUGGAUUAAAACUAAACAUUUCCUUUAUGGUAUUGGUUUCUUUUUCGUUGCUGCAUUCUUUUUCGUUCGUGGUUUAGAUGAUGAUAAUGACUACCUCCGUAUCAAUCAUGGUAUUUGGCAUUUCUUUAUUGGUGUAGCUUUUUAUUUCAUCUUUUUAUCAAAGGAAAAAUUAAAUGAAAAAAAUCUUUUACAUGUAAGAUAUAUCAAUUUAAAAUAUAAAUAA